AUGUACUGGUCCUACCGGGCCAUGUUUCUUGGAAGUAGCGCAUUCCGACGUCCCAUCAAGGUAGGCUACAUGGGCCAGGGCGCAGAGCAUAGCUCCUGCCGCAUCGAGCGAUUCCUGCAGAGCAGUGACGACGACGAGGACGACAUCCCGGAUUUCAAGGACGGCUUCGGGAGGCGGCAAGCGCAGAAGGCCAACUGGCAGGUCAUGAACCUCUCCACUCCGGCGAACUACUUCCAUGCACUGCGUCGGCAACAGCAUCGGGAUUUCAGGAAGCCGAUGGUUGUAGCCUCACCGAAGAAUCUGUUCCGCCUGCGGCAGUGUGUGAGCCCCAUUUCCGACAUGGAGGCAGACACGCGAUUUCAGCGCCUUAUUGGCGAGCGAGACCCGGAGAUUGCGGGCAACCCCGACAAGGUGGAGCGCCUGAUCUUCUGCAGCGGAAAGAUCUACUACGAGUUGGUGGCGGAGCGAGAGAGGCUCGGCCUGAAGAAUGUGGCCAUCGUCACCAUCGAACAGCUUGCGCCCUUCCCCUUCGACCGGGUAAAGCAGGUCAUGGCAACCUACAAGAACGUGGAUGCUGGGGAUGGCGUUCAUCCUGGGCAGUUCGUGUGGUGCCAGGAAGAGCCGAAAAACAUGGGCCCUUGGACCUACGUGCGCCCGCGCUUCGUGACGACAGCCCGCGAGGGCUUCGACACGGAGCGAUGCUACAUGCUUUGCGAGCUUCGCGCAUGGAGGGAGCGUGAGUUCUGUCGGGAGACUGCAGAAGCCGACAAGGCCGAGUAG